AGAAAAUGGAGAAAAUUAGGAAAUUACCCAAAGAUCCAGUCAGAGCUGAUGCCAAAUUUAAAAUUGUUAUUAUAGGAGAAGCUAGUGUCGGAAAAACAUCUUUUCUAAUAAGAUUCACGCAAGGAAAAUAUACUGAUGAGUAUGAAGCUACUAUUGGAGUGGACUUCCAAGCGAAGUCACUUGCUGUUGGUUCAAAGAUAGUCAAACUUCAAGUUUGGGAUACUGCAGGUCAAGAAAAAUUUAAAUCCAUCACUAGAACUUAUUAUAACAGAAGUCACGGAUGCUUAGUUCUUUAUGAUAUCUCUGAUGAUAAAUCUUUUGAGAAAGCGAAAGGACUGAUUCAAUAUUAUAAAGAAGAAAGUGAAGCAACUCUUCCUUUUAACGUAAUCCUUGUCGGAAAUAAAUGCGAUCUUGAAGAACAAAGAAAAGUUUCUACUCUAGAAGGCCGAAUCCUCGCUCAAGAAUACUCCAUUCCUUUCUUCGAGACCUCCGUCAAAGAAGACAUUGGAGUUGACGAAGUCUUUGCCAAGAUAGCUGUAGAGGCUAUGAAGGGAGACAAGGAUUUAGAGGAUAGUAUUGUUGAAGAUGCUAUGAAGCUUCAUAAUGUUAUAAAGAAGCCUAAGAAAAAGUCAAGGUGCUGCUAGAUUAGGUCCUAUUUUUGUAU